ACCCGGCGCCCUUACCGACACAAACCUGCGGCGAGGUCCAGCCCUGCGCCUCAUUCUCACACGGGGGGCCCCUAGACUCCUCCGCGGGAUGGCGUCGGAGCUCACGUACCGCGGCGGGGCGGCGUCCCCGUCCGCGGGCGCCGCCGGGGCCGCCGGCGAGUACCCGUCCGCCAAGCCGGCCAGCUCCAAGCCGCUCGCGUGGCUGCCCCGCGCCGCCCGCUACGCCGCGGCCGAGCACCGCCCGCUCUUCGCCCUCGUCGGCAUGCUCUUCGCCGCCGCCGUCUUCUGCCUCGCCGCCCCCUCCGCCUCCGGCCCCGCCCCCUACUCCUCCUCCGGCGGACGCGCCGCCGACGUCGCCAGGUCGCUCACCCGCUUCUCCGUCGACCCGGCCGCGCGCAACCCCGGUCGCCAGUUCGUGGCCGGCAAGGUGCCCCUCGGGCUCAAGCGCAAGGGGCUGCGCGUCCUCGUCACCGGCGGCGCCGGCUUCGUGGGCAGCCACCUCGUGGACCGCCUGGUGGCGCGCGGCGACAGCGUGAUCGUGGUGGACAACCUCUUCACCGGCCGCAAGGAGAACGUGAUGCACCACUUCGGCAACCCAAACUUCGAGAUGAUCCGCCACGACGUCGUCGAGCCCAUCCUCCUCGAGGUCGACCAGAUCUACCAUCUCGCCUGCCCCGCAUCCCCCGUCCACUACAAGUACAACCCCGUCAAGACAAUCAAGACCAAUGUGGUUGGUACACUCAACAUGCUUGGAUUGGCCAAGAGGAUCGGUGCCAAGUUCCUCCUCACCAGCACUAGCGAGGUCUACGGUGAUCCCCUCCAGCACCCUCAGGUGGAGACCUACUGGGGCAAUGUCAACCCCAUCGGUGUCAGGAGUUGCUACGACGAGGGCAAGCGUACAGCUGAAACCUUGACCAUGGACUACCACCGUGGUGCCAACCUUGAGGUUAGGAUUGCUCGGAUCUUUAACACCUAUGGCCCACGCAUGUGCAUUGACGAUGGCCGUGUUGUCAGCAACUUUGUUGCUCAGGCGCUAAGGAAGGAGCCUUUGACGGUUUACGGCGAUGGCAAGCAGACCAGGAGUUUCCAAUACGUUUCUGAUUUGGUUGAGGGGUUGAUGAGGCUGAUGGAAGGUGAUCACAUUGGGCCAUUCAACUUGGGCAACCCCGGUGAGUUCACCAUGCUGGAACUGGCCAAGGUUGUCCAGGACACCAUCGACCCGAACGCGCGGAUCGAGUUCCGUGAGAACACCCAGGACGACCCGCACAAGCGCAAGCCAGAUAUCACCAAGGCCAAGGAGCAACUUGGGUGGGAGCCCAAGAUCGCCCUCCGUGACGGCCUCCCCCUCAUGGUUACCGACUUCCGCAAGCGGAUAUUCGGCGACCAGGAUAGCGCCGCCACCGCCACCGAAGGCCAGUAAAGAGUAGACCGGAGUACAAUACUAUGAAAUUUUGGUGGCCUGCUUCUAGCUUUCUUCUUGGUUAAUCCCCCUACUGACAGAGCUAUGGCCACGUAGUUGUCGAGAGUUUUACUACUACUGAAAUUACCUUGGUUGUUGGUGUAAUGUUAUUCUUUUUUGUUGUCGCCUUUUCCGUCAGUCUCAGCUAUACGGACAUCCCAGUUGGAUUGUUGGAUAUAUAAAUCUGGAUCUUCUAAUUCUUUGUUGA